CAGGCACAUCCGCGGAUGGAUGAUAGAAGGAAUCUCCCCUUGCUCCUAUUGCUCCUCCACUCUCCAUUCUGCCACUUCUUCCAAUCUUUGUAAAACCCUAAUCUCUUAGCAGAGCAGUGCUUUUGCUUUCGUUGCCGGGCUUUGAUCUUCUUCCCCUUCCUUUGGCUUUCCCCACCAUCCCUGCACAAUCACUCACUCGCUCACUCCAUCCCUCCCUCCCUCCAUCGUUCGUCCCCUCCCUGUGGUUUUGGGAAGGUGAUGCUUGAGGAGGUUGAGGAGAGGAGGAGGAGGAGGAGGAGGAGUUUGCUGGCAGAAGACGAGAGGAGGGGAGAGUGUAUUACGGGGAGAAGAGGGGGGAGGGAGGAUUGAGGGAAUGGGAGGGGGAGGGUGCGGUGGACCGACGUGGGCGGGGAGGUUGGCGACAGGAGCAGCAUUAAUCCGGCAGGGCUAUGGGAUGGGGUGAGGGGGGUUGGGUUAAGAUGGUGGGUUUGGGCUGAUGGAGCUUCAGAGCUGGUGCUGCCGGAGCGUUGGGAGAUUCCAUGCCCAUGGGAAGCUGCUGGCCGAGAGCGAGGCAGAUACAAAUUUGUUAAUUGAGUGAGGAGACCGCGUGUGUUUGUAUGUGAAAUCGCGCUCUCGCUGCCGUAGGGCGGGCUAUGGAACUUCAAUGCCGUUCUCUCUCUCUUUGGGAGUUGCCCAGUGGGAGAGAGGUGACCAACGGUUGGCGACGCUCCGCAGCUGCUAGUGGCAGGCCAGGAGUUCUGGAAUUUAGAACCAAACGGCAAGCAUUCCCUGGAAUCAGCUGUAGUUCUCGUGCAAGGAUAGGCACUACUAGUCAAACCAGGAUCAGGACAAUUAGUCAUUCGUGCUCGGGUGGACUGGCGAAAUGGGCAUUGAACGUAAAGGCGUUGGGUGUAAGCAGCACUAUCCAGCACAGAGUGAGGAGAAGGUUUCAUGGGCGUCCUCAAUACGUCCACGCAUCGAAGUCCUCCUCUUCCGCCCUAAACUCCGACGAAAAUUAUUCAGAAACUAAUAUUGAUGAAUCCGGACAUGACUUUAUAACUCGGAUUCUGAAGGAAAAGCCAAGUCAGGUGGAACAGAAGUACAAGGUCGGCGAUGAAUUCUACACUUUAAAACAGAAGAUGCAACUACAGACGCCCUUUUGGCGGAAAUUGCUGUCAACCAUUGCCUCUGCAAAUAUCAGCUCUGAAUCUAGGAAGGCUAGUAAACUUGGAAGUGAGCUCGACGAGUCAACUACAAAAGUGUUCGAAGAAGAAGAAGAAGCAGCUGAAGCCGAACCACCUCUAGAAACUGACCCGAUCAAAAGUGAACAGGAUUCUGGUGAUAAUGCGAAUCCUGUCUACCUUUCAGACCUCCUUAGACAGUACAAGGGGAAUCUCUAUGUACCCGAGGAAGCUUUCGAAGAGCGGAUAUCUGAAUUGCAAUUGUUCAACAAGAAGCUGGAUACCCUACCCGAGAUGACCUUUGAAGACUUUUGGAAGGCCAUGAAGGCCAAUCAGGUUGAAUUGCUGACGUCCAGAGGAAUGGCUACACCCAGGGGUGGUUAUGUUUAUUGGGACUUCGUUGUCGAGCUGAAAGACAUUCCUGGAGAAACGAGUUUGCAUCAAACGAAGUGGGCCAUGCACUUAAAUGAUGAUGAAGCCCAAGUUGUUUUACAGGACUACAACGGGCGUCAACGGGAAGUCGAAACAAUUUUUACUCCUUAUGUUCUGCGUCCAUCUAGUGUACCUCAUCCAGCAGCGUCUUCUAUAUCUGCAAGACUUGUGAUGGAGUUGGGUGUUGUUGUUACUAUCCUCACCGCCACCGGAGCUGCUUUGGGAGGUGUCAUAGCUAGGCUGGGUAUUGCAGCGCUGGGUGCCACACGCUAUGUGGUUGUUAGUAUAGUUUGGCCAUUAGCACUUCCUGUUUUGAGACCCGUGUACACAGUCUCUGUGGGUAUUGCCGGAGGAAUGUGGGGAAUUCUGGUAGCUGUAUUCUCAGGGCAAAAAGGACCAGGCUGGGUAGUUGCUGAAGCCUAUCGGAUGUGGAAAUCUGGAGUACUCUUGUCAUCUGCCCGUACCUUGGGAGCGAUUUUCUUUGUGCUUAUCGCAAUGGCUGCUCUUGCCAAAUUUACCCUCACUCGAAGACCCAAAGAUUUUACAAAAUGGGAUCUCUGGCAAGCUAUUGAGUUUGGACACUCUAAACCUCAAGCGCGAGUCGAAGGAACGACGGGCGUUGCUUUCGCAGAUGUGGCCGGUAUUGACGACGUCGUGAAAGAACUGCAAGAGUUGGUUAGUUACUUGAAGGAUCCUGAGCGUUUCAACCGCAUGGGAACUAAGCCACCGCAUGGAGUGCUUUUGGAGGGUCCCCCUGGGUGCGGAAAGACAUUACUAGCGAAGGCAAUUGCCGGAGAGGCAGGUGUGCCCUUUUACCAGAUGGCUGGAUCGGAAUUUGUGGAGGUUCUUGUUGGUGUCGGUGCUGCCCGAAUCCGUGAUCUUUUCAAAAGGGCCAAGGUCAACCGGCCGUCAGUCGUUUUUAUUGAUGAGAUUGAUGCCCUUGGAGCAAUUCGUCAUGGAGCGGCAGGUGAAGAGGGGAUGGAAAGUUACAACGCUGGGGCGCAGGAACGAGAAACAACUUUGAAUCAGCUGCUCAUAGAACUGGAUGGAUUCGACACGGGAAAGGGUGUUGUUUUUCUGGGUGCUACCAACAGAAUGGAUAUGCUUGAUCCAGCGCUGCUGCGGCCCGGCCGGUUUGAUCGAAAAAUCGCUAUCAGGCCACCUAAGGCGAAAGGAAGAUACGAGAUCCUGAAGGUACAUGCAAACAGCGUUAAGCUUGAUCCUUCAGUCGAUCUUUGGGUUUAUGCCAAGAAUCUACCUGGUUGGUCCGGAGCCGAGCUUGCUCAGCUUUUGCAAGAAGCCGCGUUAGUUGCCGUGAGACAUGGAGGCACUAUCAUAAGGCGUCAUGAUAUGGAUCAAGCGCUUGAUCGGCUGACCAUGGGGCCCGAGCGUUUGGGACUAGAGCGCCGACAGCCUGUUCAUCGCAGAAUGGCGACUCAUGAAGUAGGACUGGCUAUGACUUCACACCUUCUGCGCCGCCUGGAAAGCGCUCAACUUGAGUUCUGUGACCGUGUUUCUAUAGUUCCACGCGGCGAGACGCUCGCACGCACGAUAUUUGACAGGCUUGAUGAUGAAGCCUAUUUGUUUGAACGGAGACCAACCCUUAUACACCGAAUGCAGGUGAUGCUUGGAGGUAGGGCGGCAGAAGAGGUGUUGUAUGGACGAGAUACUUCGUCUUUUUCAGCACAGCAUCUCCCAGAUGCAUCUUGGCUCGCUCGAAAGAUGGUUUCUGUAUGGAAUCUCGAAGGAGGUAUCACGAUUACUGGGGAUUUCAAUCCGUGGGAACAAGAUUCGAGUUUCUCGGGACCUCCUUUAGGAUUUGAAGGUGGACUCUACGACAAUUAUGGUUUCCAAGAAAAAAUUCUAAAUUAUGAUCUUGUUGACGACGUGGCGGAUCGGACGAAGGCACUUCUCGAUAAAACGUACUGGCAAACGCUGACGAUGUUGAAGCAGCACCAAGCUGCUCUGACAAAGGCUGUAAAUGUUGUUAUGGAGAAAGAAGAGCUGUUCGGGGAGGAGCUGGAGGCAAUUCUUGAUCACUAUCCCGCUGGUAUGGCCGUUCAGUUGGUAGAAGAUGAAGCCGAGCCUGGGGUACUUCCACGCCAAUUUAGCCUCCGGGAAGAAAGUGCAGAGACCUCGGGGCGACAGUCGACGGAUGGGAGUAAACUCAUUUUGCCAGAAGCGGAGAGCAAUAAAUUUGACUCUUGGUUGCUAGGAAAUAGGAGAAUUGACACAGGUGAAGUAGGAGAAAGAUUUUUGGAGACAGAAAGCGGGAGUGACAGGCGCGUUGAUGUGCAGAGCAACAUACCUAAUGGUAGUGCCGAGGCACGAAAGAAAGUGGAAGGUGGUUUAGAAAGGGGUGGGAGCUCUUUAGAAGGGGGUGAUGUCGCAGCCACGAAUAGAAGUGGAGUUGGUUUUGGCGAUCUGUCAUCUCCUGAUGCUUCAACUCCCGCGUCAGUGAGGACAGGAAAAAAUGAUAUACAUGAUUAAAAUCUCUCCAAAGUUGCCCAUAAUUAAAGAUAUUGCCUGGGGCUCCAUUGCCGACCCCUUUCAUUUUUCAAUAAGAAUCAACCAUCCGCAUCAUUCUCGCGACUACC